AACCAGUGCCUUACUCAACAGGACCAGUGCCUUACUCAAAAGGACCAGUGCCUUACUCAACAGGACCAGUGCCUUACUCAACAUGACCAGUGCCUUACUCAACAGGACCAGUGUCUUACUCAACAGAACCAGUACCUUACUCAAAAGGACCAGUGCCUUACUCAACAGGACCAGUGCCUUACUCAACAGGACCAGUGCCUUACUCAACAGCACCAGUGCCUUACUCAACAGGACCAGUGUCUUACUCAACAGGACCAGUGCCUUACUCAACAGGACCAGUGUCUUACUCAACAGAACCAGUACCUUACUCAACAGGACCAGUGUCUUACUCAACAGGACCAGUGCCUUACUCAACAGGACCAGUGCCUUACUCAACAGGACCAGUGCCUUACUCAACAGGACCAGUGCCUUACUCAACAGGACCAGUGCCUUACUCAACAAGACCAUUGCCUUACUCAACAGGACCAGAACUCUACAGGACCACCAUCUUACACUACAGGACUAGCACACCUUCGGUUUCAACCUUUUUCCUUGGUCCAGACCGAGUCACAUAAACCCAAACUUUGGCAGUAA